AUGUCCGCUAUCCAGCCUGUCGCUGUCUACGCCCUCAGGGUUCCUGCAGGAGGACUUCUGAUUCCUGCGGUUCCCGAUGCCGCUGCUAUGUUCCGCGUGAGCAUGGCUGCCAUUGAUCCCGAUGAGACUCCCGAGUUCGAGGAUGGACAGACUCGCCCCAGAGCUACUCUCAAGCUUGUUCGCCCUCCCCCAGACAUGGACUUUGAUGAAUCGGACGAUGACUACGAGGACGACUCGGAGGAGGAUUCUGAUGAUGAGGAAGUUAACGGCGGCCCCAGCGACAAGGAGAAGGCCCGCAAACUCAAGGAGGCUGCCGCUCUCAAGGAGCUCGAGGAUGAUGACGAGGACGAGGAUGACGAGGACGACGAUGAAGACUUCGAUCUGAAGGCUGCCAUCUCCAAGCUCGUCAAGGGCAAGGCCCCUGCUACGGAUGACGACGAGGAUGACGAGUCGGAUGAAGGAGUGGAGCUUGACGAGAUGGUCGUCUGUACCUUGGAUCCUGAGAGACACUGCCAGCAAGCUUUGGACAUCACUGUUGCUGAGGGCGAGCGCGUCUUCUUCAAGGUCACUGGAACACACACCGUCUACCUGACCGGAAACUACGUCAUUCCUGCUGAGGAGGGCCCCUCGGAGUAUGAUGAGGAUGAGGACGAUGAGGAAGACGAGGACGACUACGACCUUUCCCCCGAUGAAGAUGACCUGAUCGACAUGGGUGACCUUUUGGACGACUCGGAGGAGGAGGAUGAACUCGAUGACUUGGCUCACCCCAGAGUAACCGAGGUUGAGAGUGAUGACGAAGAGGCCCCCAAGCUGGUUGAGUCCAAGGGCAAGAACAAGCGCACCGCUGACUCCGACGAGGAGAUGGCGCUUGACGACAUGAUGGCCAAGGACGGCAAGGCCAAGGCUGCUGCUAACGGCGAGCCUGCCUUGAGCAAGAAGCAGCAGAAGAAGCUCAAGAAGAACAAUGGAGAGGCCGCCGCUGUUGAGCAGAAGAAGGAGGGCAAGGACGCUAAGGAGGGCAAGGAGGGCAAGGAAGCCAAGAAGGUUCAGUUCGCGAAGAACCUUGAGCAGGGUCCUACUCCUUCCGCUCAGAAGCCAGGGGAGACGACCACCGGCACUCUUGGUGUCAAGGAGGUCAAGGGCGUCAAGAUCGAUGACAAGAAGCUCGGAAAGGGUCCCGCUGCCAAGGCCGGUAACACUGUUGCCAUGAGAUAUAUCGGCAAGCUUGAGGACGGCAAGGUCUUUGAUGCCAACAAGAAGGGCAAGCCUUUCACAUUCAAGCUUGGCAAGGGUGAGGUCAUCAAGGGCUGGGACAUUGGUAUUGCUGGCAUGGCUGUCGGUGGUGAGCGUCGUAUCACGAUUCCUUCUCACCUGGCCUAUGGCAAGAAGGCUCUUCCCGGCAUUCCUGCCAACUCGAAGUUGAUCUUCGACGUUAAGCUCCUUGAGAUCAAAUAA